UAUUGCAUGCUACUUGAACAAAUAAAACAUUCCUCUUUUAUUACCUAUUUCACUGAUUAGUUUCCAUUUAAAAGGAAUAACUAAAGAUAGAGAUCGUUUAUUCUUUUUCAUUUCAAACAUUCUGCAGCUAUUACUUACCAUUAAAAUCAUCAAGGCGACAAACAUCAUUCUUCAAGUAGAUAGCCUAACUUUUAUGCCCACAUAGGCAAAAUUUGUUCAAAUUGGAGGCUGUUUUUCACAAAUAGAGGUGAAAUUUGCCUGUUGAAUUGUUCGGAUCAAAUAGUGGGUUAAAUUUUAACUCCAGUCAGGAUAUUGAAUUUUAAAAUUAAAUUUAAGGCGUUGGUACAAAAUGACAGAAAAAGGGCCUUGGACCAUUCUUUCGUGUCAUUCACAAUUAGUCUAAAUAUUCACAGAUACUGUUUAAUUGAAACUUUGGCUACAAUAAAACCAGAAAAUGCUUUCAAAUUUGGUCACAUCUUCAACUGCUAAUGAGUCGUUUUUGACGUCAAUGAUGACGUCACUACCAGCAAGCAUAGGAAAAGGGGGAGGGGCAGCUGAUGACUCAUUAACAUCCGACGGGGUGGGUGCUUCAGACAUGGCCCAGAUAGUGCUUCUGGGGGUGUUGGUUGUGAUCAGUGUGAUGGGAAAUUUGCUGGUGGUGGGGGCGGUUGCCAGGGAACAGAGGUUGAGGACAUACACCAACUACUUCAUAGUGUCACUGGCAUGUGCGGAUCUGCUGGUGUCGGUGGUCGUCGUGCCAGUGUCCAUAGUAUACCAGACUAUGCGUCAUUGGAUGUUUGGCCAGCUGCUCUGUACUCUGUACACUUCACUGGAUAUCAUGUGUUGCACUGCGAGUAUCAUCAACCUGUGUGCCAUAUCCCUGGACAGGUACUGGGCCAUAGUGACCCCCUUCCAGUACCAGCACAAGAUGACACGCAGAACAUGUCCCCUAAUCAUAGCCAGUGUAUGGCUCAGCUCUGCGACCAUCGCCGUGGCACAAAUCGGUUGGCGUUACGUUAUGGGGGAACUUCCAUCUGAAAACAAACAACCUAAGCCGGGACACUUCAAUGAAACAAUUAAUGUCACUCUUGAAUCUUCUGGUAGUCCCGAACAAGGAUCCGAAAAGGAUCCUGAAACCGGGGAGGAGCUGCAACAGUGCCAGAUAUCCUUGGACUUCUCAUUCAGAGUAUUUUCCAGCAUGUCUUCUUUCUAUGUUCCUCUGGUGGUGAUGCUGUUCACUUAUUCUAGAAUAUUCGCAGUGGCUCAAAGACAGAGUAAAGCGAUGGCUGAGCAGCUAAGACAAUGCAACCCUACAAUCCAACAAAACGGAAUCCUACUUACAAAUAACAACGGCGCUAAUGGUGACGACCAAGAAAAAGUAAACAACAACAACAACAACCAUAACAUGAAAGAAAACGACCUCCCGAACAGCAGCAGAAGCAACAGCACGAACAACAACACCCUCGAUCCGAACUGUUCAAUUUUAGACCCGAACGGACCCGACGGCGAGCCACAGCCGAACUGCGGUGGCAGUCGAAACGCCUCGGUUUUCAGCCGAACCAGUUCUUUCCGAGGAAUCAAUCGUUUCGUGCAACGGGCAACUAAAUUUGUGGCCCGAUCGAACCCUCUGGGUCAAGCUACUGAGUUAAAGGCUUUCAAGACGCUUUCUAUUGUAAUGGGGGUUUUCAUUGUGAACUGGUUUCCUUUCUUCGGUCUGUAUUUGGUCGAGGGGUACCAGCAACGUCGCCUCGAAGGUCUUCCGGCUGUAAUUGUUAUGUGGCUAGGGUACUUCAAUAGUGUCCUGAAUCCUUUUAUAUAUUUCUUCUUUAAUAAACAAUACAGAGAAGCCUUCAUUAAGAUGCUCUGUCCAGCCUCAAGACGAAAACUGAAGCACGAGUCUACCAUGCUUGCUGUCUGAUGACGUCACACUCGUCUCCUUGACUUAUAAUUGACCUCAAAUGACCUCUAUACAUUCUUUAUUAACGACAUAUGACCAGAUCUGCAGUUAACUUUAUAGUUUUGUAAUAUUGAAGCACUUGUAGCUUUCGUGUUUACUCGGAAAUGCGCUCAAAAAUUAGUUGUAUUUUUAUUUAUAUGUUUAAUGAACUAACCAAAAGAUUUAUAACGCAAAUUUUGUUUAAAUUCAAAUCUCAGAUUUUUUACACUAA